GUUUCUGACAUUUCAAUAAUUUGUUGAUCACUUUUGUUGUUUGAUGAUAAUUAGCUACAGGUACUUUAAUAGUGGUUUUAAUGGAAAGAGUGAAAUGAACUUUGGAGUCAUCAAAACCUACUUAAAAAAUUAUUCUCCGCACAAUCAAUCGAAUUAAGUUAUAUCCGGGACUUCUAAGGUCAACUUCCGAUGGCUUCCUAAAAAGGAUAUUCAAAAGACGAUGAAUUCAUUAUCGUACGGAAUACUCAACACCGGCGGAUGUUUAAAAGUCUGAUUUAGAUAGAUAAUUAAUCGUUUUCAUCGAGAGCAACCAUGGCGAAUCAAUUCAUUUCACCUGGUGGUAGACUGAAGAGAUUUUCCAUUGAUGAUGCAUUUGAGGAAGAGACUGACGAGGCCAUAAAGGUUUAUGGGUCAACAAUACCCAGAUCCCCGUUAUCGAACUCGAGCAUAAACACCCAGGGCGAAUUGAAUGGUGUUAGGGUUGAUAAUGGAAGAGGCUACAAACUGGCAAGAGAUACUUCCAGAGACAGCGAUUCCUUGAUACAAGACUACUACGAGUGCUCUAGUCAGGACUACUGGGGAAAUUCUUGCUUCAACCAUCCCAAAGUAAGGGAAAACUGGAGGAUGGUACUCGCAGCUGCCACCCUUUUAAUAAUCGGACUGGGCCUCUUGGCCACAGCCAUCGCAACCUUCAUAGCGCCACAAUCCGGCCUGCAAGGAGCCGUUUUUCUCAUAGCCGGGCUGAUUUGUUUCAUACCCGGAGCUUACCACGUCGUCUACAUCUACUUGGCCGCUAAGGGCCGGAGAGGUUACCACUUUCACAAUUUGCCACUGUUUACUUGAAUCUUUUCUAUAUUUGAAUGUAACCAAAGCUGUAUAUAUCUACGUUUUAACUUACCUUCGGAGGAAUUUUAAGUUACAUUCGUUUGUGGUGUGUUCAGGCUGAUUUCGGCAAGAAAAAAUUAGAUCUACGGAUUCUGAAUGACUUUUCUACAUAGAGAAGGUUUCGAAGUAUUUCAAAUUAACACAUUCCAGGCGGCAUUUAAUAUUUUCAUGGAUACAUUAAUCCCCAUGUGAUUUGGAACUUUUUUAGUCGUUAGGAAAUUUUGUUACAUCAACCUGAACAUACAAACAUUAUGAUUCAUUUUUAGAUUGUAAAUCUGUACAUUGUGGUUCUGUUUAAAACGCUACAAUUGCAGUAACGGAUGUGGGAAAGCUUUAAUUCCGUGAACCACAGACAGAUUUUCAACAUAUGUAUAUUUAUAAUAAUCGGAAAGUUUAAUACAUCACAUAAUAUUUAUUAUUUUUUUAUUCAGGAUAGUAUUGGGUGAAUACGAAUUCACCGCUUUGAUAUUUACCAAAAUUAGAAAAUGUAGGGUAAGAAAAUGGUUUUUAGGGUAUCGUGAAUUUUUUGUAGAACUUAGACGUUGCAGUUUUUCACUUUUUUCAUCCGUCCCUUUAGAAAUUUGUGAUUUAUCUUCUCAUUUUUAUUCAUUAUAGUGGUUACUCUGGUAAUAUGGAAAUAAUUUAAAAAAAUGUUGAGUAUCCCUACAAAAAAUUCACUUAAGUCCUAAAGGUUCAAUGAUCCUCGAAUUUGAAAAUGAAAGAUUGAAAAGAGAUUGCUUGGAGUCUGAUAUUUGUGAUAAUUAUUUAAGAUUCAAACUUUGAAGAAUUCCUGAGAUAAUUAAUAUUUGUAUUUUAUGUGCCACGUUUGUUUUUUUUUUUGAGAUUCACUUUAAAUGAGACUAAGUCAUUUUUAUACUCGGUGUAACGAGCUGCUUGACAUUGUAUUGAAUUUUUUCACGUUCUCGAUGAUUAUUUAAUUUUUUUUAUAGUUUACAUGUGAGUAAUAAUAUAUCUGUUUGAAUUA